AUGUACCCCGCGGGGCUCGACACCGAAAUGAAAGAGCGCCACGCGGGCUUGGAUCCUGCCCGCGUGGAACGCUGCCGCGGCCGCCGAGAGGAGCGGGACCUGAGCAAUGGACUUAAACGUACAAAUAGCCUUCCGUGGUUGAGCUCUAGGAACGGUCACAUAGAUCAUCAGCAUGAAGAGUACGUGAGCCUGAAACAUCAGAUGGAGAGAGAAAUCCAAGAACUGGAAGGAGAGCUUGCUUGUCAGAAACAGGUGAAGCUGCUGACCAGAGAACUGGAGGCCCUCAAAGAGACUGAAAUGCAAACACCAGAAUCACUGCAAACAGAAGAAAUGUUUGAUUUGAGACUGGAGAAGGAAAACCAGUUCAAUGAUUUUGUUGCUGUGAAAGAUGCUUGGCAUGAAGAACUAGCUCAUGCUGCCAAGGAGAAGGAUGCAAUGCUAGCUUCAGUGAAAGAAGCCCAAGUCAAACAAUUUAAAAAGUUGAAGCAGCAGAUUAGAGAACUGCAGAUGAGACAUAAAAGUCUGGAAAUUGAGCUAUGCAGAAGAGAAUGGAGUCACAGUGCUUGUUUAAGAGAGAAAGAUGCUCUAAUUAGAAAGUAUAAACAACAACUGUAUCUAGCAGCUGAGCGAGAAUGGAUUCUGGAACAGAGUAAAAUGCAAGCAGAACUGGACUGGCAGCAGCUCUGUGAGAAUGGUGAAAGUAAUCGAUAUCAGAAAUCAGAGGAUCUAACACAAAGCCUGUCUUCAGCAAGAGAGCAGGUUGAAGCUGAUCUGCAGAAAACAGAUUACAGGUUGCAUGAAGUGAAGACUCUUCUUUCUGCUCUGACUGUUGAGGGAGAACAGACAAUACAAGCAUCGUUUAAUCACGAUGUUUUACCUGAAGGGGAGAAACAGAUAUUUCAGUAUGAUGAUAAAAGUUCUUUGAGCAAAGAUAUUCCUACCUUGGAAAUAAAAAAGCUGCAGGAGCAGAAUGCCAACCUUCGGGCUGCUAUUGCACAAAUGAGGAAAGAAAUGGAGAGUCUUGAUGAGCAGAUGUUGUCCACUCUUCCUCUGACAGAAAACAGACAGCUUGCAGAGCAAGGUUCAUUGUGCACAAACAAAAUUCCAACUGGAACCGCUUUAAGCAAUAUCAAAGUCAGCUCAACUAACUUGGAUUGUAUAGUAAACCCAGGCACAGAAAAGAGUUUUAUUCCGGACAUGGAUCUAAAGGGGCCAAAACCCAAAGUUCUUGGAGAAAAGAUGGUAGAUCUUGGACAACAGUUACCUGACGUAAGUCCUGGUGUUGGUCUUCAAUAUGGUGUCAGCUGCACUCUACAAGGAAUGCAAAAUAAACUGAAGGAAGCAGCAAGAAAAAUCUCAAUUCUGAGCCAAGAGAAGCAGCAGCUGAUUGAAAUGGGAAACAGACUCCGGGCAGAACUCGGAAUGGUAUUAAAAGAAGGACUUUGGCAUCCUGUUAGCUCUAAGCACUGCACAGUUUGUAUUGCCUCUGGUAGUCUUUUUCCAAGAGAGCUUGUCAAAAGAACACAGUGUCGGCUAUCAGCUUUAAAGCAUCUACAGCACAGGCUUACAACACAGGAGCUGCAGUAUGCAAAGCAACAGCAUCUCUCAAGAAUCUCUUCUGUAAUUGCCUGUCCUAGCUCAAAGGAAGAAGAAACUCCAAGCAGCUGUGGGGAUGAAACAGAAUUACCAUCCGCUGAGGUUCAGCUGGAUUUCUCUAUUGAAAAGCAUGGGCCAGAGCAACGAAAGACAGAUACAUCCUCAAAGAUCGUUCAAAGUCAGCCUCUCAGGCAGAAUGCUAGUCAAGCCCAGCAGGUCCAGCUUUCUUCAUCUAGAGCACAUAAUUUCUGCCAAGGUAUUUGGCAAGCUUUAGAAAUGGGAUCAAGCCCUUCUAUUCUCAGUCCUCAAAAGAACACUGACCAAGUGGAGUUUGAAGUGUUACAUUCAACUGAGCAAUCUGAAGAAUCUCAGCAAAAUAUCAAAGCCAAGGAUAAACUUGAAAUGCCAGCUGCAGAUUUGACGGUCAGAGGAACCAGGCUGGAAGUUCAGCAGAAGUUAAAAUCCAGGAAUUUAUUUUGUGCUCAUCCCAUAAAACCAAAAAUCUCUUCUAACAUGGCAAAAAUCCGCAACUAUAAUGUUAAAGACUGAUUUCUUUGUUGACAGCGAGUUCCAGGUCCGCACUUGCUAUUAACUUACUUUGAAAUCUAUAAAUCAGAUCUAAACAUCGGCUUCAUUUUUGUAUGUCGAGUUGGGACGUUUGCAGCCAGAAGAGAGAACAAAUACCCUGUUUCACACUGUGAACCCUAAAAUAGAGGCCUAAUCUGUAUACAUUAUGAGAUUACAGUCUUCACUGUUAAUCCUGAUUUAUUUUAAUUAUAUAUGUUAAAUAUUGCUUGCAUCAUGGAUUUAGAAAUGCCCAGUUAAUACGUAUGUAAAGCCUUUAGGCAGGGCUUGCAGGUCUUUAGCAAAUACUUUGUUGAGAAACUGUAGAUGUGAUAUAAGCUUAGAAUUGGGAUGCCUCAACCUACUUGUUUUCUUAUAAUUAACAAUGCAACCGUUAAUCCU